AUGGAUGCUGCGUCGGCCCUAUCCAAGGGAUGUCUCGAUGUCAUCUUCAAUGACAUCGACAAGGCUGCAAAACUGUUCCCCGUCCCUGUUAUGCAAUGUCUCCAGGUCAAGCCUAUGGGUGCUUCGGCUACUGGAGGCGAACGAUACAGACUGGUCAUGAGUGAUGGCGAUCACUACGUUCAAGCAAUGCUCGCCACCCAGGCAAACCACGUCAUUCACGAUGAAAAACUGGUGCGAGGUAGCUUUGCUCGCGUCAAGCAGUAUAACCCGCAAAACCUAAAGGGCAAGAACAUCCUCGUCAUCCUCGACCUCGAGGUCAUCGAAUCAUUGGGCGUACAAGAAAAGGUUGGCAACCCUACAGCUGUUGAGACCAACGCGGCCAAGGACCAAACGAUCGCCGGCAAUGACUUUUACGGAGCCAAGAAGGAAGAAAGCAAGCCACAAUCCAUGCCGUCAAGACCAGCCGUUCACGAUGGCGGCAACAUUUACCCGAUCGAGGGCCUCUCCCCCUUCCAACAUAAGUGGACGAUCAAAGCUCGAGUCACGAUGAAGUCAGACAUCAAGACAUGGCACAAGCCCACAGGAGAAGGCAAACUCUUCAGCGUAAACCUACUCGAUGAGAGUGGAGAGAUCAAGGCGACAGGCUUCAACGACCAGUGCGACGCCUUUUAUGACCUCUUGCAAGAGGGUUCCGUCUACUACAUUUCCAGCCCAUGCCGCGUCUCACUAGCAAAGAAACAAUUCUCCAAUCUGCCAAACGACUACGAAAUCGCAUUCGAGCGAGACACGAGAAUCGAAAAGGCCGAGGAUCAAACCAACGUGCCACAGCUCCGAUUCAACUUCUGCACCAUCCAAGACCUGCAAAACGUUGAAAAGGACAACACCGUCGAUGUCAUUGGUGUACUCAAGGACGUCGCCGAAGUCAGCGAAAUCACAUCCAAAACAUCAGGCAAGCCCUUCCAAAAGCGAGAGCUCACUCUCGUCGACGACACUGGCUACUCCAUCCGCGUCACCGUCUGGGGCAAAACCGCCAACUCGUUCGACGUCAACCCUGAAUCCGUCCUGGCCUUCAAAGGCACCAAGGUCUCCGACUUUGGCGGCAAGAGCCUCAGUCUCCUCUCCUCCGGCACAAUGACCGUCGACCCCGACAUCCCCGACGCCCACCGCCUCAAGGGCUGGUACGACUCAUCCGGCCGAACAGACAACUUUGCCACGCACCAAAACAUGGCGAGCAUGGGCAACGCCGCCGGCCGCAAAGACGAGAACAAGACCAUAGCCCAAGUCAAGGAUGAGAAUCUCGGCAUGGACGAACCGGCAUACUACUCCAUCAAAGCGACCAUUGUCUUCGUCAAGCAAGACAACUUUUGCUACCCGGCCUGCUCCAAGGAAGGCUGCAAUAAAAAGGUUGUGGAGACGGGCGACGGGUGGUACUGCGAAAAGUGUAGCGUGUCUCACGAACGUCCCGACUACAGAUACAUUGCGUCUCUCAACGUAGCAGACCACACAAGCCACCAGUGGCUCAGCUGCUUCAACGAGACUGGCGAGGCCAUCUUUGGCAUGUCUGCCAACCAACUUAUGGAGCUCAAGGAAAACGACGAGGCAAAGUUUAUGGCUGCAUUCGAUGCCGUGAAUUGCAAAAAGUUGAAUUUCAGGUGCAGAGCUAAGAUGGACAACUUUGGUGAUACGCAGAGGAUCCGAUACCAAGUGAUGAGUUCUUCGUUCUUGGACUUUAAGAGCGAGGGCAACAAGUUGGCUGAGAUGAUUAAGCAGUAUGACAUGAAUGCUUGA